GGGCAGGAGCGCUGAGCUGUGGUGGCUCUGCGGGCAGCCAGUACUGAGCGCGGAGCCGCUGGCCUCAGGCGUGCUGAGGACCGUGAGAGCGCCGCACCUGCGGGCCUGGUUGUCGGGCUGUCGCAGCGCGGGGACCAUCCUACCGGGAGCUGCCGCUGACAUGAGUGCAGUGUCGGAGCCCCAGGCUGCUCAUGCCCCCCUGGAGAAGCCUGCCAGCACUGCUAUCCUGUGCAACACCUGUGGGAAUGUGUGCAAGGGCGAGGUACUGCGUGUGCAGAACAAGUACUUCCACAUCAGGUGCUUCGUGUGCAAAGCGUGCGGCUGUGACCUGGCCGAGGGUGGCUUCUUUGUGCGACAGGGCGAGCACAUCUGCACGCGUGACUACCAGCGGCUCUAUGGCACUCGCUGCUUCAGCUGUGACCGCUUCAUUGAAGGCGAAGUGGUGUCAGCGCUUGGCAAGACCUACCACCCAGACUGCUUCGUGUGCGCUGUCUGCAGGCUGCCCUUCCCUCCUGGGGACCGUGUGACCUUCAACGGGAAGGAGUGCAUGUGCCAGAAGUGUUCUCCGCCCACGUCGCUGGGCAGCAGUGCUCACCUGGCCCAGGGCCUCCGAAGUUGUGGGGGCUGUGGCUUAGAAAUCAAGAAUGGCCAGGCCCUGGUGGCUCUGGACAAGCACUGGCACCUGGGCUGCUUCAAGUGCAAGACCUGUGGGAAACUCCUCAAUGCAGAGUAUAUCAGCAAGGACGGGCUGCCCUACUGCGAGGCUGACUAUCACACCAAGUUCGGCAUCCGCUGCGAUGGCUGUGAGAAAUACAUCACAGGCCGCGUACUGGAGGCCGGGGAGAAGCACUACCACCCUUCGUGCGCGCUAUGCGUCAGGUGCGGCCAGAUGUUCUCAGAGGGCGAGGAGAUGUACUUGCAAGGCUCCUCCAUCUGGCAUCCGGCAUGUCGACAAGCAGCCAGGACUGAAGACAAGAGCAAGAUGCACAGCUCUGUUUACAACCAGCCCUGCCCCGGCACCCUGCCCUGUGCCUUACAGGAAACCAGGACAUCCUCGGAGAGCAUUGUCUCAGUGCCGGCCUCCAGCACCUCUGGGUCCCCGAGCCGUGUGAUCUACGCAAAGCUUGGCGAUGAGAUCCUGGACUACAGGGACCUGGCUGCUCUUCCCAAGAGUAAAGCGAUCUAUAACAUCGACCGCCCCGACAUGAUCUCCUAUUCGCCCUACAUCAGCCACUCAGCCAUGGGGGACAGGCAGAGCUAUGGCGAGGGGGAUCAGGAUGACCGGUCCUACAAGCAGUGCCGAACCUCCAGCCCCAGCUCUGCUGGCUCUGUCAGCCUCGGGCACUACACCCCAACCUCACGGUCACCCCAGCACUACAGUCGUCCAGCUGGUACUGUGAGUGUUGGUACCAGUAGCUGUCUGUCCCUGUCCCAACACCCAAGCCCUACAUCCGUGUUCAGACAUCAUUACAUCCCCUACUUCCGAGGCAGCGAAAGUGGCCGUAGCACCCCGAGUCUCUCGGUGCACUCCGACAGCAGGCCUCCUUCCUCUACCUAUCAGCAAGCGCCGCGACACUUCCACGUCCCAGACACUGGCGUAAAAGAUAACAUCUAUAGGAAACCCCCUAUCUACAAACAGCACGCCGCCAGACGACUGGACGUGGAGGACAGCAGUUUCGAUCAGGAUAGCAGGAAGAAGACCACCUGGCUGCUCCUCAAGGGGGAUGCAGACACCAGAACUAACUCCCCGGACCUGGACAGUCAAUCUCUGUCCCUUAGCAGCGGGGCUGAGCGAGAACCUCUUUCAAGGAUGCCGGGGGACAGCUUCUACUCACGCUUCCCUUAUUCCAAACCUGACACUCUCCCAGGACCCAGGAAGGAUGGCCUGGACCUCCGGAAUGCCAACCUGGCCCCUUGUGGAGCAGACCCGGAUGCCAGCUGGGGCACGCGAGAGUACAAGAUAUACCCCUAUGACUCCCUCAUCGUAACAAACCGAAUCCGUGUGAAACUGCCCAAAGAUGUGGACCGGACGCGGCUGGAGAGACACCUGUCGCCUGAGGAGUUCCAAGAAGUGUUCGGGAUGAGCAUUGAGGAGUUUGACCGCCUGGCCCUCUGGAAGAGGAACGACCUCAAGAAGAAAGCCUUGCUGUUCUGACAGCUGCCAAUGUCUUACCAGGAGCCUGUUGGGAGGCAGAGCUGAAGGACCCCCACUGGCCCCCUCACCUCAAAAAAUCCUCUCCUGUACCUUGCUCUGCUUUUUCUGUGUCAGUGGGGCAGGCAGGGUGCCUGCGGGAGGCAGGGUGGGGCCGGGCCCUGAGGAGCAUCCCGCAAGCAUGGUCCCUUGUGUAGCAAGGAUGCUCCCGCCCGUAGUUUAGGGCCAGGUGCCAGCUUGACCUACUCCUUCCCACCACAACUUGGCAUUAGGGCAGUGCUGCAACCAGCUAUCAUAGGAGAUGGCAGAGAACAUUCAGGCAGCCCAGCACCUCCCCAGUGCACCUGGUGUGCCCACACCUGUGCUAGGCGCCAGGGCACAGAGUGUCUCGGAGAUAAGGGUGGUAAGUGUGAGUCUCCUCAGAUCACAGAGCAGUACACAGGCAG